GCGGUGUGGGUGGAGUCAUCUAUUCUCCCAUUGGGUGACCGUCCAGACAGGCGUGCUAGACGGAUUACUACCACUAGCAGCAUACAGAAACGAGUGUUGAGGGGGAGCUGCAGCGGCGUGGCCCUACCUGUCCUCCAUUUCUCAUCCUAAUUGGGGGCGAGGUAGCGGCUAAAAUAGCAUUUUAUUUGUUCUGGUCCAAUGGAGGCAGCGGUACUGAACCCCACGAUGGUGCCUGAGGUGGACUGCAACAGCAACAGCCUGAACGCCGAGUUGGAGGUGAAGAAGCUGCAGGAGCUGGUUCGGAAGCUGGAGCGGCAGAACGAGCAGCUGCGGACGCGGGCGAGCGGCUACCCAGGCGGGCCGCAUGUGCUGUCUGCGCCCCCGGCGUACGCGCUCGGCAGCUCCGGAGGGUACUGCCUCCCCAGCCCGCUGCCCACCCUGCUGUGCCAGUCGUCCUUGGGAUCAUUCGCGCCACCGGAGGAGCCUUUCGACUAUUUCCUCCCGCACACGACCGGGGAGGAUGGAGCGGCUGCUGCGGGGGAGGCGGAGGACGCAUCCGAGCCUUCGGUUCUGGACGAGCUGGAACUUCUGGACCUGAAUUCUCUGUCCUGCUCAGACGAGUCAGAUGAAACAUGGUUGUACGUGUCAUCUAAAGCCAAAGAGUCCAAAGAUGACUCUCUGACUCCACUGCAGUGGUGCCGGCAGGGUCUGGACUGCCCCAAAUCCGAGGUGGAGGCCGCCAGGCGAUCGCUGUCCCUUCGACUGGAGCAAGUCUCCAGGUGGCGUAGCUCCCUGUCCAGCCCCUCCCCCUCCUCCUCCCCUGGGCCCUCUCUGAGUCGAGUGGCAGGAGUGUCACCCGUCAGUGCUUCCCCUUCAACCAAAACCUGCUCCACACCCCAGUCUUCUGAAAGACACGCUCCAUCCCUCUCCUCCCCGCUCCACCCGGCCCUCCAUCGGACGCUGAGUCCCGUAGGGAAGGAGCUCUCCCCCGUAGCAGAGAGGACUCCCACGUUCCUCCCUCACAGCCGCAGCCGCAGCCUCCGGCGCUCGGCCCUCAGCCCCCAGUCAUCUGUGGACAGCGACCUCUGUGCUUCGGAGGCGGAGGACGACUCCAUCGCUCUGGGAUACAAACUGCAGGACCUCACUGAUGUCCAGGUGAUGGCCCGCCUGCAGGAGGAGAGUCUAAGACAGGACUACGCCAGCACAUCGUCGGUCCUGGCCAACCGCCGCAGUCAGAGCUUCACGUUCCAGCUCAGCCAGCUUGGCGCCGGCCCCGACCUGGAGGAGGAAGACGAGGAGGACGACGAAGACUAUGGCCUCCUGCCCCCACCACAGCCGCGCCUCACCCGCCUGCCGCACUCUCACACCUUUUCCAGCAUAAGAGAGUGGCGAAGAAGCACAAGUUCCCUGUCCACCCCUCCUUCCACCCCCUCCACCCCCCCUUACCCUUCCGCUGGGUUGGCCUUUCAGCCUCAGCCCCCGGGACCAGGACUGGGCAGCCUCUGCGCAGCCGAGCCGCAGGGCUUCAGACCAGGAUCAGCCGAAUUUGAGAAUAAGCUGCGGAGGAGCAUGCCUAACCUUGUGAGAGCUCCCAGCAUGCCUAGUGUGCCCAUUCCAACCAAUCCUAGUGCUUCCCCUUGUUUGCUUCGUAACAGCCAGAGUUUUGAUUCGUCCAGCGGGCUGGGACGACUGCAGUCCUCCAUCCCCUCCCCAGGCCAGCUGCAGAACAGGGUCCAGAGUGUCGGGAACUUUACCUCGUUGUCACGGCAACCGCUGAAAGCCACCGCCUACGUCAGUCCCACCAUCAAGGGCUCGAACUCGAUGCCGACCUCCACAAGCCUGCAGUCCCUGAACAGCGGUGGCGGGGCGAUCAGUGGGAUCCCUCUGCUCAGUAAAGCCCAGUCCACUCCGAGCACUCCCCGCAGCGGCCUGCCCCGCCCAGCCUCCUUUGUUGGCACCGCAAGCUCCACCCCCCGCAAGGUGGCCCCACCAGCACGAAGUUUACUGACACCUCCAAAGAGCUUGUCCACCCUCAGUGCCCUUCGUGACUCCACGUGGAGAGACGGAUGCUACUGAUGAUCCGGUUGCGGCAGUGCAGUGUCACCCUGCGGGACGGGGUCAACUCUCUGCACCUCUAAAUAUGUAAGGGACAGGUGAAUGGGCCUGACCAAAAAAAUAACUGUUAAGAUGGCAUUUAAUGCUCUUGCGCAAUAAGCCACUGUCUGCUAUCCUGCAAAAGAGGGCUGCCAGUUUUUAUUUAUUUCUUUAUGAAUUUUAAUAAAAUUUUUUGACUAAUCAGGUGUUUUCCCUCUGGCAUGAAGCGCCAGAUGCUGCUGAAAUAAAUGUAAACAAUCCCUGUUCGGUUGGGCACAUUCGGUCUAAUUUUUAUGAGAAAGACAUUAAAGUAUGUAUUUGUGUACAAAGUUCUCUAACUAUUAAGUGUGCAUAUAUAAUAUAGAUGCAUAUUACUGAAUUUUAAAUCUGACUCUUUACCAAAAGGAAUAUGUUUCAAUGUGUUUACAAAACUGUCUCACCACCACGUCACCGAACUUUGUGGACAUUAACACUCUGAAACUGUUUGUUGACCUAUGAGGGAUCUGUACUCGUCGCACUUUGUGUAAUCCUACUGAUAUUUUUCUGUUCGGUGAAGUAAUGCUUGCACGUCUUUGCCAAUCACGGACAUAAUGUAGCACCUUUUUUCUUUGUAACAUGGACUUGUAUUUUGAAAAGGCCAUUACCACAUUUCACAAUCCUGACACUUUUGUUACUGUGAUGGACUGAACACACUGAAUUAAACAAUGUCUUUUUACUGCUUCA